AGACUUUCUUAUCUUUGGCGAGAUUGUAGUACAUUUAGGAACGCAAAGGUUUCCCAAUGCAUAGACUUGCAGUGUCAUUUGCGCUGGCAUCAGGUAAACCUCCUACUUACUUCCCUCGUGAAUAGUACCCUGACGUCAAUUCCACGUGCCGGUUACAGCUGUGAAUUCGUCGACGAUUGACUUAACAUCUUUAGGGGUUACGCGGAUGAUCAGCCCAGGUCUCUCUACCUUCGUCUUAGUAUAGGAUCCAUGUGAACAUUUUCAUCAUGGAUGACUCCAGCACUAUCAGCGAUUUCGCUCCACCGAUGAGAGGAAUGGAGCUCGUUGCUCGAUCCAGCAUUCAUUCACUUCGACCGCCUUCCAUCACUUCCACUUCUUCGUCCAACUGCAGCGAAGCUCACAUUUGGAAGCUCACCGAUUUACGUAAACGAUUCAAAAACAAAAAUUUGGAGACGCUGUACCUUCGUUAUCAACAGCGGCUCAUGCACGUCGAUCUUAAAGGCUUUCUGCUGCUACAAAUCUUUCUCAGUUCCGUCUUUAUUCUAAUCUUACUUUGCAUCAACACGGACGAUGAAAGUCGAGCCCUUCCGGAAAUCAUCGGUCACGUCAUCCUCUUGCUGACCGCUAGUCUUUGCUACGGUGUUGCCUACAGAGAAAGGCGAUUCAAGAAAUACCAGUUCCUUUCCAUGCUAAUGGCCGUCGUCCUAACAUUCGUUCUCGUCGCGGUGGAUCUUGGACAGGACCUCUGGUUCGCCUAUCACAACACAGCUCAUUCAGACGAAGCCUUUAUUUUUCACGUUCCUGCUGCUCUCUACACGAUCCUGGCCGUCUACAAUUUGCUACCGAUCGCAUCUCUUCGUGUCACAACGUUGAUCGGCUUUUUGGUCGCCAUCGUUCACGUGACAGCGAACGCGUUGCUCUUUCAGACGAGGAAAUCGGUCGACAACGAAGUUGACAUUUCUCUGAUCAUGGCCGAUGUCGCAUUCUAUUUGACGGCCAACGUUGUCGGCAUUUUCACCAAGUGCCUAAACGAGACUACGCUGAGACGGGCCUUCCUCGAUCGUCGCCGGUGCAUCGAGUCCACCAUCAAACUGGACUACGAGAAGAGUCAAGAAGAGCAGCUGAUGUUGUCCAUCUUGCCCAAACACAUCGCCCACCUCGUGGGUACCGACAUCAGGGAGGAAGUCCAGUUGAUGAUGAGAUCCAAGACGUCGCCGUCGUCCAGGAAACCGUUCGACAAGUUACACGUCGAGACGCAUAAGGAUGUCAGUGUCCUUUACGCCGAUAUUGUCAACUUUACUCCGCUGACCGCAGCCCUCUCGGCGGCCAGCCUCGUCUCCAUGCUCAACGAGUUGUUUGGAAAAUUUGACGAAGCUGCCAAAGAAAACGAUUGUUUAAGAAUCAAAAUCCUCGGCGACUGUUAUUACUGCGUGUCUGGAAUUCAGGACGGAGGAAUUCAGGGCGGAUUCAGGACGACCACGAAUGCCAAGAAUAAUGCUAAGAAUUGCGUCGAAAUGGGAUUCAAGAUGAUUGAAAUCAUCCGCCAAGUCAGAGAGGAUCACCAAGUGGAUGUGGACAUGCGGAUCGGCGUUCAUAGCGGCAACGUUAUCAGUGGUCUGAUCGGCCUUCGCAAGUGGCAGUUUGAUAUCUGGUCCCGUGACGUGACCAUUGCCAAUCAUAUGGAACAGUCGGGAAUACCUGGGUAUAAAAUGUUCCUGACGUACGACUCCUUGGCUUAUGUCAUGUCUCAGAGUGAUUUGUGGGUGCACAUAUCCAUGGCAACCAAGAAUCUGCUGGGAGAUUCUUAUCAAUUUAGGCCCGGGAACGGGAUGAAACGGGAUACUUACCUGGCAAAACUGGGAAUUGAGACUUUUCUAGUCGUUUCAACUGACGCCAAUCAAUCGAAGGAAUCUGGAGUCAAAAGGAUCAAAUUUAAAGCCGAUCCUUUCGCUACGCUGCCCCGUAUAAACGCUAAUGCUGCCAUGACUAAUGAUGGAGCUUCCACAAAUAAUCAUCGGGUUGACUCCGAAACAAACAAGAAGCUCAAUAACGAUACUGAAAACUCAUCGCUUGACAGUCUCUACGAAAGACUUCCGCCAAGCCUUCCAGUUUUGGUUGCUCACAGAAUUCCGCCAUCGUCAUCAUUACCUCACAUCUAUACGAAAAUGCGACAGUCAUCAGUAGCGACAGGUGACGAACAUUCCGAGGAAAUUUACAUCCGGCUAGUGAAAAAUCCCAGGAAAUCUAGUGUGGCUAGCGGAACUGGAAGACGACUCUUUGCCAGGAGGCGAUCGACGACUGGUGAAAACACCUCACGACGGGGUGCAGUUUUGAUGGACAACACUUUAGUCAGUUUCCGGCGGAUGAUGGACCAAGCCGAUUCUAAGAUGGAAAAAUCCAUCGAAUCCAUGAUAUUAUCAAAAUUCAGACGAUCCAGGGCGACUCCGGACCAGGAAUCGCACGUCAACCUUUUUCUUUUCUUCUCCAACCGAUCCUGGGAACUUCCUUUUUUGCAGCGUCCGGAUCCUUUGUUCAACCUUUACGUCUUGGGUGCCAUUCCAGUUCUGAUUGGGAUCAUGACCAUUCAGCUCUCUCUCUAUAGUAGUGGCCCCCGGACAUUCUGGUUGGUCUUUGGGAUAGCCUUGAUUAUUGUGGUGUUAGUUGGCAUGUGCUUGUGGGUGCCCCAGAUUUGGUACUACAGUAGGAACUCUAUUAACGACGACCCGGAAAAUGUAUUUGAAAGCCUCUCUGUUUCUCCCGAGCCGAGCCGAUCCAGCUCGGCCGUCUCAGCAGCGUUUUUCAAGCUGGAUUCUUUUUGUUCAUCCCUAACGACCCGGACCCUUAUCUUUCUCGUGGUUACGGUGGCCGUUGGUGCUUGUGGUCUAGUUGAUCUGGACCAUGUCAAAGAAUCAAAUAAUACAUCAAAAGCAAUGACAGAGAAUAACACUUUGUUUGGCCAGUGCAACUUCCAAGAUUCUCGCAUUUACCUCUGGUACUUUACAUACGUAUGCGCCUUGACGAUGUCCGUAGCCUUCGGCUUCUACCGCAUCCAUUUCGCGUUGAAAUUUAGCUUCUAUGCAGCUUUCCUUGCCAUAUACACAGUAAUGACAGUCAACAUCUACCCAGACAUAUGUUUGAUAUAUAGUCGAGAAGAAUGCCUCUUAUGCAAAGCUAGUCCAUCUGUUCAGCCGGAACUCAGUCAUGCCUUAUAUCUGUUGACUAUCCUCAUGAUUUUGCACGUGGCCGACCGUCAGAUUGAAUUCAUCAACCGGCUAGAUUACGUGUGGCAGCGUCAGCUGGCCAAUGAACAGGAGGAAGCUAACACCACCAGAAUCGUCAACAAGAUGUUGCUUCUAAACAUCUUGCCCCAUCACGUUGCUGAUGUUUAUCUAGACACAUCCCGCUGCAGUGACCAACUGUAUCACGAAGAACACAAACGAGUGGCCGUCAUGUUUGCCUCUAUUCCAAAUUUUAUGGACUAUUUCGCAGAAAAUGACAUCGGCGAUGGUGGCUAUCGUUGCUUAGAAGUCCUUAACUCGAUCAUCAGCGCGUUUGAUGCGUUGUCAUUCGAGGAAUCGUUCUCCCGCAUUGAGAAAAUCAAAAUUUUGGGCAGCACCUACAUGGCAGCAUCAGGUCUCACGGCUGUCCGCAAUGGAUCGACUGCUGAGACGGUUGCGGAAAGCGAAUCGCGCGUUAUCGCACUGAUCACCAUGAUAAGGUUCGCUUUGGCAAUGUGCACGGUACUUGACCAGCUGAAUCGAAAGCAAGCGCCCAACUUCCAACAAGCGCCCAACUUCCAACUGCGGAUCGGAAUUGAAUACGGACCGGUUAUUGCAGGAGUUGUCGGAGCGCAAAAGCCGCUUUACGACAUUUGGGGCGAUACGGUCAACAUGGCAUCCCGGUUGGAGUACACUAGUCAAUUGGGUGAAAUUCAAGUUACAGAAAAGACGGCCAAAUUACUGGAAGCUGUUGGCAUCCACUGUGAGAAGCGAGGCGAAACGUUCUUGAAAGGCAAAGGCCUCGUUAUGACGUACUGGGUGCGUCCGGAUGCGUCGGAUUUCUACGAUUCUGUGCAAAGUUCCUCGGCGGCGAUUAAGAGCUUCCUCGGUUUGAGCGACAUGCUACUGACAUCGCCUUCGGCUCGCAGUUCACUAAGCCGCAAACCAGGCCGGCCGUCCGUUCUGAUUGAAGAAGACGAAGAAGAACGUUCCAGUCAAAAAGAUGUCCAGCAUUUGUCGUCUUUUUCUAGUAUGGUAGCUAAUCCAGCUCUUACAUCACCUCCUCUCGUGAAAUUCGAGUUGUACGAAGAUGUCGAUACUGUGUCACUGUCGAAUGAAGACGUUAAUUUAGAUAUUUAUGAUGAAGAUGAAAUGACGCAUCUCUAAAAAAAUUCCCCUUUCUUCUUUAAUUCUUUUUUUAACUCAACUGUCUCAUCGUUAAUGCAAAGUGCUCAGGCACUUAACUUCUUUAUACUGACAUAUUAUACUGACAAGUGUACAUAAAU